AUGAGUAAAGGCAAAUUAAUACACAGUUUUCAAGAAGAAACAAAAAGAGAGAAAUGUUUAGAUUAAGACACAGAUGAAAUUCCAAUUAAAAAAAAAGUAAAAAUAGAGGAUAAAAUAACUAUAAAAGUACCAUUUGCUGAUAUACUUUCAUCUGAAGAAGACUCUAGUGACAGCAGUUAAAUUUUAAAUGGUAUAAGAACAAAAUUUAUAAAUGAUGUUCCAAAUCUAGAUUCUCCUAUUAUUAUUAGAAAACAAGAUAACAAAGAGGAUUCUUAAUUAUUUUGA